CGGCACCAUGGCCUCUGUCACGUGCCUGCCGCUGUUAUUACUGGCCCUGGCCGUUGGUCCCGCCACAAUACAAGCUUGCAAAGGUGAUGUUAGAUGCUCCGCAACGCCGCUGAUCGUACAGCGACCUGGCCAGUGCCCAAACAACGACGCCAUCUCGGUUCUGAAGUGCCCACUGUUGCCGGACGAUCAUUGCUCGCAGGACUCGGACUGUUCUGAGCCCGGCUACAAAUGCUGUGACUACGGCUGUGGACGGUCCUGUGUUCCUGCUUGUAAAGCCACAUGCAAGCUCGGUUUGAAGUGCGAUCUGGUCCGAGGCAAAGCUUGCAAGCAGUACGGGCUGUGUCCUCCAGCUCACUCGACCGCUGUGUGCCGUCCGGCUCCCCUGUUGAAGCCUAGUCUCUGUGAGCUGGCCAAUUGUGGCCUCGGCUCACAGUGCGUGGAACGCAACGGGAAGGUCUUCUGCGUCUGGAUCCGUUUCGUCACAAACCCGUGCGCCACUUUCAGCUGUUCCUUGGGUAGAAUUUGCGUGGUGCGCGGCGGCUUUCCACGAUGUAUAGAGUCCCUUCCACCAACCGACCCCUGUUCCCUGACGAACUGCGCGAUCGGCACUGAAUGCGUCAUCUCCAACGGGCGUGGCAUCUGUAUCAGCAAGUGUGCGCUGGUCCACUGCAAGGGCGACACCAAGUGCGAGGUCCGAGAUGGCCGGCCGGUGUGUGUCAAAGGCGAGCCGCCGAUCGAUCCGUGCGUCGGAUUCGUCUGCGGCAAAGACGAGCAGUGCUUGGUACGCAAAGAAGUCGCCAUAUGCGUCAACCCCUGCUCUAAGGUUCAGUGUUCUGAGGGUCGCCGCUGCACGGUACGCAGCGGAAUGGCUGUGUGUGUGCUGGACCCGGUCAAGCCACCGGCAGACCCGUGUGCCAACAUCGUCUGCGGAGGCGGCUACCGCUGUCAGGUCCGAAGGCCGUACGGUGCUGUCUGUGUCCUCAUCAAGGACCCGUGCGCCGGCAAGAAGUGUCGCUCAGGACAGAGGUGUGUGGUGGACGGGCGCCAGCCGAAGUGUGUCGGUCUCUGUCAGCUGGUAGCCUGUCCCGAGUACACCCGCUGUAAGGUGCAGAAUGACGAGGCAGUGUGCGUUCGCGGCACACCGCCGGCACUUCAAGACCUGUGCAGCACCGCAAAAUGUCCGAUCAAGACGAAAUGUGUGGUGAGCGCUAAUCAGGUGUUCUGUUUGGAGUUCCCCAAGCCAAUGGAUGUAUGCGCCAGCGUGUACUGCCGCCCCGGUACCGUGUGUGUUGAGGAAGCCGGCCGGGCGUUCUGCGCCGCCACUUCUCCAGGAGUGGACGUCUGCAGCCUUUUCCGAUGCAAGCCAGGGUUCCAGUGCGUCAUGUACCGUGGGGAACCGGUCUGUAUCCAGGCGAACCCGUGCCAGCUUGUGCGCUGCAGUGCCAAGCUGGUGUGCGUAGUGAUCGGCGGCAGAGGCCACUGCAGGCCGAGUGCGAUUCGCACCUGUCCUCCUUGCCCGCCCCACACCCGGUGUAACCAGAAGAAGGGCGUCUGCGAGCCGCUGCCGAACCCGUGCCGCCGAGUGGACUGCAGCGCCGGCCAGAGGUGCGAGGUGCGUGGCGGGCGCGCCGUGUGCGUCACAUUCGACCCGUGCGCCGUGAUCUCUUGCGGCACUGGCCAGCGCUGUGUGAGCAACGGCGGUCGGGCCGUCUGUAUCAGCACCGACCCGUGCGCACGUGUUCACUGUUCAUCGGGUAUGAAGUGUCACCACGGCGCCUGUGUGCCUACUAACCCGUGUGCCCUGAUCCACUGUCCGUCCGGCACCCGCUGCCACAACGGCAUCUGCAUUGCCAUCAACCCGUGCCUGAGGGUGAGCUGCGGCGUCGGCAGGGUGUGCCGCCGCCGCGGCAGUGUCGGUAUCUGCGUCAUUGUCAGCCCGUGCGUUCGGCUCACCUGUCGCAAGGGCCAGUACUGCGUGCGCAAAGGCAAGCGCGAGGUAUGCGUGCGCCGCAGAUGUCGCAGUAAAUACUGCAAGAGAAGGAACAAGUGUCGCAAAUACUGCGCGAAAUGCAAGAGCAAGGGCAGGAAAUACUGUAUCAAGUGUCGCAAAUACUGUGGAUAUUAUUACGGCCGGUACUGCACAGGAAAAAGGUGUAAGGGAAAGUGCUCUCGCUGUGUAAGCAAGCGUUGCAAGAAGGGACGCUGUGGCGGUGAUGACGAUGAUGACGAUGAUGACGACGACGACGACGACGACGAUGAUGAUGAUGAUGGAGAUGAUGAUGACGACUGAAUAUGUCAUAAGCUUUGGAAGGAAUUGACGUUGAUUCGCGUUUUCUGGGUCUCCUAUCAAUUUACUAGCCCAUUUGAAAUAGCAAAUCGCUUGGUGUUUACUGUUUAAGUCUGUUACUGCUUUUGGGUCAUCAGGUCGUGCAAAUUGAAGGUGUAAAUUAAAGGACCCUUGCUGAAUAUAUAACCAGGGCUGUCAACCGAGAAAAACGAAGAAAAAUAAAUUGAAAAGCACAAAUGUGCCAUAUUUGCCACCGAUGGACCGAAAAGGCAUCUGAAACAUACCAUAG